GUUUGGUCCUCACCGUGGAUGAGGAGACCGGAGGAGAGACCGAGGAGGUGACAAAGGAAGGGGGAAAAAGGAGGGAAUUUAUCAUGGAGAAAAUCUAUAGUCUAUAUAUAGGCUAUGCCCCGGACUGCACCACCACCACCGCCACUGCCGCCGCCACCUGCCCUCCUGGUACCGGUCAAUGAGAGGCAGCAACAGCUCAGUCCGAACAGAAAAUCCUCCCUCCCUGGUUUCUCCUUCACCUCGAUCGCCCCUCUUUUCUCUCUCUCUACCAUGUUCUCCUCACUUCCAUAUGUUAACAAACACACUCGUCUUAUUUUAGCAUCUCUGCCUUCCUCCUCCUCCUCCUCCUCCUCCUUCUCCUUCUCUCUUGCCCUCCUCUCUUCUGAGUUUUGACUCCCUCUCUUUUCUCACACACUGGAAAAUGAAGCGUGGGUCGAGUGUGUUGCAGCCUCCCUCUGAUGCAGCCAAACGCCACACAAACGCUCACGCAGACACACACUCUGGCGCUGGUGGCGAUGCCGGCGCGCUGAGUGUGCCUGACACACAUGCUGAGCUCACAGCGGACGCACACGCCACAGGUUCGAGCCCCUUCCCAGCAGCCACUUCUCUCUUUAGCCCUGAUGUCAGCAGCAAGAUGGCGUCCGACCUCCUCAUCAGGCUGUCAGAGGCCACCCAGAAGGCCCAGAUGCAUCCUGGGAGGAGGGUGGAGGCAGAGCCUCAGAGGCGUGAAGCCCUACCGGAGGCGCGUGGCGGUCAGCAGGACGAGCCGGGCCUCGCCCUCUCACCCGACGGACCUGGGGCAAGUCCUGAGCCGCCAUCUCUGUCACACACACCUGACGGCAACACGACCACGGACACGCUGGCGUCCGAUAUGCUGAGGAAGCUCGCAGAGCGUCAGGAAGUAAACGUCCACGCAGUCAGGAUCAAAGAAGAAGAAGAGCCGAUGGAAGUCGACACACUGGCCGUCCAUGAUCGACCAAUCACUAAAGAGUUGACCUCGCUUCCCCCGAUGGUGACCCACCAUCACUUCAGCAUAAAAACAGAAGACCAGGUCCUCAGUGGGAACAAGAUGGACGGGCAGUUACACCCCAGAGCCAAAAUGUCUGACCAGUGUCUGCAUGGCCUUAAACGAGAGGACACCUUUUACACCGGCUCUAAAACCGCCGACAGCCUCGCCACCGGAGCGAACAGGUUUCAGUUCAGAGUAAAAAUGGAGGAUCACAACGUCUCUGGAAACAAAGUGGAGGACCAGCUUCUACGUGGAGUCAAAAUGGAGGAACGGCUUCUCCUCAAAGCAAAAGUUGCUGAAAAGCCUCCCUCUGCGGUCAAGAUAAGCAACAAGUUUCUCUCUGGAGCCAACGUGGAGGACCAGUUUCCUUCAGGAGCCAAGAUGGAGAACCAGGUCCUGGUUGGGACCAAAAUGGAAACCCUACUCCUUCCUGGAGCUAAGAUGGCGGACCAUGUUUUCUCAGGAGUAAAGACAGAGGAACAGCUCUUCUUUGGAGCAAAAACAGACGACCAGUUCAACUCUGGAGCCAAGAUGGCCGACCAGUGCCUCCGAGCCGUGCUGUGGCAGGACAUGUCGGUGAACCUGGCGUCCACGCUGCUACAUCAGCUCUCAGAGCGGGUCAGUAAAUCCAACAACCGUCUGGUUGAGAGGAUGACUCCCCCCCUCAGGAGCAGUCCUGUUGUAAGGAUGAAUGUGGAUCCACUCCGCUCCUCUCCUCUCCUGAUCUCACAGGAACCUCCGCAUGAAACCAAAACCAGCCUCAGCAGAGAUCAAACCACAGGUUGCUCUUACUUCUACAGGUGUCACGUUUGUGGGUUCGAGACGGACAAGUGCCCGCUCUUCCAGAGUCACAUGACCGAACAUCGCCAAUGGGAGCAGGGCUCCUUCUCGCUGCAUUGCUGCAUGUGUGACCACGCGACCAAUCAGGAGUCAGAGAUGAGGGCUCACGUCAACACGCACAUACACGGGAACACGGAGGCCAGCAGAGAGAUGAGAUGCCCCGUCACACCUCCCGCCGCCACCCCCGGCAUCACUCUGUCAGUUUCCAAGGCAACCCAGCCGGAGAAUAGCACCUCGGAGCAUCGCUGCCGCAUCUGCCAGAGGUCGUUUCCAGGGCAACAGGAGCUGCUGGUUCACUUCCAGGGUCAUCGCCAAGGCAACCAGUACCGGUGCGACCGGUGCGGCCACCUGACGCGGACAGCCAACAAGCUGGUGGAGCAUGUGCGCGUGCACACGGGCGAGCGCCCGUUCACCUGCGAGCUGUGCCCGUACAGCGCCAAGAGACGGGACAGUCUGAGGCUACACUGCAAGGUCAAACACCCCGCAGACGUGCACACGCACCGCUCCUACGUGCACGGAGACAAUCAGCGAGCGCACAAACACCUGCAGCGGCUGCACACGCCGCCACACACUCUCACUGCUGCUCCCUCCUCCUCCUCCUCGCUUCCUGCUCUUCAUCCCUCGCUCUCUGACCGCGCAGGGUGGAGGGAUCUGUCUCCUCUCCUCCCCAUCACCACGCUCAUUACUCUGAAACCACGCUCUCCUUCAUCCUCCGCCUCCUCCUCUUCGUCUUCCUCUAACAAACACUCCUUCCUCCAUUACCUUGGCUUGACCACGUCUUUGUAGAAGCUUCUUUCAUCCUUUCUUUGUGAUUUUUCUCUCCUUCUUCUUCCUCCCUUCCUCUUCCUCCUCUUCU